UUGGUGGUCAGAUGCGUGCAGGAAGGGUAUAUGAUGGGGCGUUGUCGCUAAAGAGCUGUAUUCGCGAGUUUUUUUAAAGAGUGAUAUUUUAUGGGUUUUAUGUACUUUUUCGAAGGUUUAGUAGGGUUGUGAUCGAAAAAACUGAAGAGUGGUGGACCAGAAACAUUUUUUUGGAGUUUGUGGACUUUGUGCAAUAAAGUUGAGGGAGUUAUGGAUGUGUGUACGAGAGGUAAAGAGUGUUUGGAGGGUCUAGAAGACAGAGAAAUGAAGACUGAAUAUCGGCUGUGUUCGGCUUGCAGCGAACCAAUCAGUGACAAGUUCCUGCUGGAAGUGUCCGGUAGAAACUGGCACGCAAGAUGUCUGCGGUGCUGCGUGUGCCAGUUGCAACUGGACCGGCAGCCAUCUUGUUUCAUCCGGGAUAGAGCAAUAUACUGUAAGGCGGACUAUGCCAAAAGUUUUGGAGCCAAAUGUUCCGUCUGCUUGCGAGGCAUCUCCUCCAGCGAUUGGGUGCGAAAGGCCAGAGAUCACGUGUACCACUUGGCCUGUUUCGCAUGCGCGGCCUGUCACAGGCAACUGUCGACGGGGGAGGAGUUUGCACUGCACGAGGACAGGGUCUUGUGCAAGGCGCACUAUUUGGAGACUCUGGACGGAGGGACGACAUCAUCCGAUGAUGGCUGUGACGCCGACGGGUACCACAAGAACAAGGCGAAGCGGGUGCGUACCACUUUCACCGAGGAACAACUCCAAGUACUCCAGGCCAACUUCCAGCUGGACUCGAACCCGGAUGGACAAGAUCUGGAAAGGAUAGCCCAGAUCACUGGACUGAGCAAGAGAGUAACGCAGGUCUGGUUUCAAAACUCCAGAGCUCGACAGAAGAAACACAUGCAUACAGGGAAAGCCAAAAAUCAACUACAUUCAAAUCGAGAGGAGAAUGGAUUUGGCAGGCACAUAAAUCUACAUCUCACCUACUCAUUCCAACAGCAAAAUAAAAACAGCGUGUUCUCACAACCAGAUUCUUCGCUAGAUGAUCUGUCCCAAGAAUCAUCCAUACACUGCAUGCAGAGCGAAGUUUAAAUCAACAUCAACAUCGAAAAUAAAUAAACAAAUUAAAAGUUUCUAAAUUCGACUAAAUAUACUGACGAGUGAUCGAAAAAAACGGCGUCACAGUAGCCAUCUCUGACGAAAUUUACAUUCAAUCAUUCUGUACUGAAUCUUCAGUUUUUAAUAAAAACAAAAACUCUAAAAUUGUAAUUUUUCUUGUAAGUACAUAUACGAAUAAAGUGUUAAAUAUGA